AUGACUUUCCUCCAUGGCUUGAGUUAUGUAGCCGCGAUAGCUGGCUGCUUAUUCGUUACUCUCAGCUUAGCAAGCGGGCUUCUAUGGCUAUCAGAGCUCAUCGAGGAGCACACGAAAAUGGCGAAGAUUGUAGGCACGCGGGCUAUAUAUAUCAUCAUUUUGAUACACGUCGUAUUAUGGCUGCUCGACUCCUUACCAAUUACUCUCACCGCUUUCUCAAUCUUUUGCCAUUUGGUAUACCUGCAGAACUUCUCACAGACCUGGCCUUUCAUUUCCCUCAUCUCACCAAGCUUCAUAGGAAGCUGUAUUCUCGUCAUCAUUGACCACUUCGUAUGGUUUCAUUACUUUGCUCAAAGAACACAAGAAGCUCGUAUGCGAGGGAGAGGUCGACUACCUUAUCAGCAGCAGCCUGUCGAGGCUCCUGUGUUCAUGGACAUCGCAGCAUUCUUCGCGAUAUGCGUAUGGCUUGUGCCGUUAUUCUUGUUCCUCAGCCUCAGCGCCAAUGACAAUGCGCUUCCUACA